AUGUCUGACCAGGAGGCAAAACCUUCAACUGAGGGCUUGGGGGAUAAGAAGGAAGGUGAAUAUAUUAAACUCAAAGUCAUUGGACAGGAUAGCAGUGAGAUUCACUUCAAAGUGAAAAUGACAACACAUCUCAAGAAACUCAAAGAAUCAUACUGUCAAAGACAGGGUGUUCCAGUGAAUUCACUCAGGUUUCUCUUUGAGGGUCAGAGAAUUGCUGAUAAUCAUACUCCAAAAGAACUGGGAAUGGAGGAAGAAGAUGUGAUUGAAGUAUAUCAGGAACAAACGGGGGUCAUUCAACAGUUUACAUAUUCCUUUUAUUUUUUUUUUCUUUUCCCUCAAUCCUUUUUUAUUUUUAAAAAUAUUUCUUUUGUAAUGUGGUGUUCAAAACGGAAUUGAAAACUGGCACCCCAUCUCUUUGAAACAUCUGGUAAUUUGAAUUCUAGUGCUCAUUGUUCAUUAUUGUUUGUUUUCAUUGUGCUGAUUU